AUGCGGAGCCUGCUCUGUGGCCCGCCUGCAGAACAGAGCCCCGGUGGGUGCCGAGGGAAGCGGGGCAGGAGCAGCGGGGGAAGCACCGCUCUGCCCCGCACCACGGGGAGCUUCCAGACGGGUCCGUGUUCAGAGAAGGGCAGCGAAGCUGGUGCGGUGCUGGAGCACAGACCUUACGAGAAGCGGCUGAGGGAGCCGGGCUUCGGCGCGCAGCCCGCGGCCACGGCCGCCCCCGCCGCCUUCUCGCUGGGGGGGAAUGCGCCCAAGCUAAACUUGGGAGGCAGCAGCACAGCCCCAGCUACGGGCAUUACAGGAGGCUUUGGGUUUGGCUCUGCCCCAGCUAGUGCACCCUCGAGUCAAGCAGCAGCCCCGUCCGGCUUCAUAUUCGCCACCGCCGGGGCAGCCGCGCAGCCAGCGGCCGCCUUCAGCCUCGGCGCGCAGAGCACGGGUCUAAACUUUGGAUCAUUGACUUCAACAACAGCUACAAGUGCACCCCCAGGAACACUGACCACUGGUAUGAGCCAGGCACCCACGCUGUCAUUUGGAGCCAAACUUGGAGCAACGUCCACAGCUUCUACAACUGCUACUACCACCACAACUUCCCUUCUUGGUUCAUCUGGGCCUACAUUGUUUGCAUCUAUAGCAAGUUCCUCAGCACCAACCUCAUCCACCACCACAAGCCUCUCACUUGGUGCCCCUUCCACUAGUACAGGCACUCUUGGAACUCUUGGAUUUGGAUUGAAAGUUCCUGGAACGACAGCUGCAGCAACAAGCACCGUGACUAGCUCUUCUGCUCCUAGUGUAAGUUUUGCUUUGAAUCUUAAGCCAUUAACUACCACUGGAACCAUUGGAGCUGUGACUUCUACAGCUACUGUAACCACAGCAACAACCAGUGCACCUCCAGUGAUGACGUAUGCCCAGCUGGAGAGCUUGAUAAACAAGUGGAGUCUGGAACUUGAAGAUCAAGAGAAGCACUUCCUUCAUCAAGCUACUCAAGUUAAUGCCUGGGAUCGGACAUUGAUAGAGAAUGGAGAGAAGAUUACAUCAUUACACAGAGAAGUAGAGAAAGUGAAACUUGAUCAGAAGAGGCUGGAUCAGGAACUAGACUUUAUUUUGUCACAACAGAAAGAGCUGGAAGACUUGUUGACCCCUCUGGAGGAGUCUGUGAAGGAACAGAGUGGGACUAUUUACUUGCAGCAUGCAGAUGAAGAAAGGGAAAGAACAUAUAAACUGGCCGAAAACAUAGAUGCUCAGUUAAAGCGUAUGGCACAAGAUCUUAAGGACAUAAUCGAGCACCUGAAUACAUCAGGAGGCCCAGCAGACACUAGUGACCCACUUCAGCAGAUCUGUAAAAUUUUGAAUGCGCAUAUGGAUUCUUUGCAGUGGAUUGACCAGAAUUCAGCCCUGUUGCAGAGAAAGGUAGAAGAGGUGACAAAGGUUUGUGAGAGCCGCCGCAAGGAGCAAGAGCGCAGUUUUAGGAUCACAUUUGAUUGAAAGACUCACUGGUGUUA